GAAGGGAAAAGAACUCUCCAGAUCGUUUCUGCUGCUGUUGCGAAAAGCCAAAAAAGGAGCAUCGGCGAGAUGGCUGCUUUGUGGGCUACUGCCUGCGCCCUGCUGCUGCUGCUCUGUGGCUGCUCGGUUAUUUCAGGAGUGGAAAGCAUUGGUGUGAACUAUGGCAUGAUCGGCGACAACCUCCCGCCGCCGGACAAGGUCGUCGCCAUGUACAGAGCCAACAACAUCACCGACAUCCGCCUCUUCCACCCGGACACCACCGUCCUCGGCGCGCUCCGCGGCUCCGGCCUCGGCGUCGUGCUCGGCGCGCUCAACGAGGACCUGGCCCGCCUCGCCUCCGACGCCUCGUUCGCCGCGUCAUGGGUCCAGUCGUACGUCACGCCCUUCGCCGGCGCCGUCCGCUUCCGCUACAUCAACGCGGGCAACGAGGUCAUCCCGGGGGACGACGCCGCGAGCGUCCUCCCGGCCAUGCGGAACCUCCAGUCCGCGCUGCGUGCCGCGGGGCUCGGCGUGCCGGUCACGACGGCCGUCGCGACGUCGGUGCUCGGGUCGUCGUACCCGCCGUCGCAGGGCGCGUUCUCCGAGGCCGCGCUCCCGACGAUGGCGCCGAUCGUCUCCUUCCUGGCGUCCAGCGGGACGCCUCUGCUGGUGAACGUCUACCCGUACUUCGCGUACUCCGCCGACCCGUCGUCGGUGUCGCUCGACUACGCGCUGAUGUCGCCGUCGGCAUCGGCGGUCGUGACGGACGGCGGGGUCGCGUACACGAGCAUGUUCGACGCCAUCCUGGACGCGGCGUACGCCGCUCUGGAUAAGGCCGGCGGGCAGGGCCUGGAGUUGGUGGUGUCGGAGACCGGGUGGCCGUCGGGCGGCGGCGGCGCCGGCGCCAGCGUGGAGAACGCGGCGGCGUACUGCAACAACCUGGUUCGCCACUUCGGGCGCGGCACGCCGCGGCGGCCCGGGAAGCCCGUGGAGACGUACAUCUUCGCCAUGUUCAACGAGAACCAGAAGCCCGAGGGCGUGGAGCAGCACUUCGGCCUGUUCCAGCCGGACAUGAGCGAGGUCUACCACGUCGACUUCUCGGCGUGAUCAUCUUUUAACUAGGCAACGGCGGCGACACUCCAUGGCUCACCGGACGCACGCAUCCUGCAUGCAUGAGUUACUCUGAAGCAUUUUAGGUGUUAGUAGUAGUAUGGUUUACUCUGGACAAAGAUAACCACCAACGCCGCCGACAUGUGCAUGCUUCCACUGCAUUCCUGAAUUCUGCUGUUCAUUUGAUUCACUAUAUAUUCAGCUUUUUAUCUGAUUCA